AUGUUCCCGUGCUGCUGGGCCCAGCGCGGCGCGGGGCCCGCUGCGGCACCGCCGGAAUGUGAGGCAGCAGCGGCGGAGGAGGAGGAGGCGCCGCCGCGGUCGGCCUCGCCGUCGCCGCCGACGCCGGCCUCCAGCCGCUCGGCCGCUGGCCACUUCGAGCCCGCCUGCGAGCGCUCGGCGGCCGCACGGAAGAGGUACGAGUGGUGGUGGCUGAACGGCCACAACAGGAAGCCAAUCCGGGCCGAGCAGUGGGUCGCCUACGAGGUUGCCGCGCAGUAUCACCUCACGGCCUCGUGGGAGUCGAUGCAACUGGAGGGUAACACGACCGGCAUCGUGCUGGACCUCGCGCCCUUCACAAGCCCUCCCUCGCCGUACCAGGUGUGGCGGGCUGGCGCAAUCGAGGUGACUAACAAGAACGCGGCAGACAUGUUCGGCCAGCUCGCGAUUGCAGGCUUCCCCAAGGACCUGUGGGAGCUGCCGCCAGCCUCGCUGCCGCGCUCGGCCAAGCAGGGGAAGGUGGUCUCCGGCUUCUACCAGGUCCACGGCGAGCACGCCACGCUGGUCCACGAGCUGAGCCGCUAUUUGGGCGACCCGUGGGCCAGCGUGGCCCCUGAGACCCCGCGCCGCCGCGUUGUGCUGCUCAUCGAGCAGGACCGGCCGGACUUCAUCUUCGCAGGUGUGGACCGCUUCCGCAAGAGGACCACGCAUGAGAAGAUCGGGGCAGCCUCGCGCCUCCUCGCGGGCGAGAGCGACUCCGUGCCGGCGGGCGAAGCCGUGUUCCAGUGGUGGUGGGGCAACCCAGUGUCAGGGAUUGGCCAUUGGAAGAACUACCACCAGCACGUCAGUGCGAAGCUGGAGGCCAUGCUGGCAGAGAAUAGCCGGUUCCGCACGGGCGAGGAGCCCGUAGAGAUAGACCCUGUGAGGUAUUGCUUGCAGCGCAUCUCUACCGACAAGCCCUUCGAUUUCCUCGAGCAGAACCGCCUCAACACCUUUCGGGAGCCCUUCCUUCCAGAGUUUGUCCUUGCCGUCGACAGCUUGUUCCAGAACGGUCAGCCAGUCUUCGACCACCAGGCCAGGCUCACGAGCAACUGCUUCGUGCAGUUCCACAAGGGGAACCCGCGCAGACGGCGGCCCGUCCGCCGUGUCCGCCGGGGGGAGGCCGCCGGGCUGCGGGCGGCCGACGGGGAGCCGUGCGGCAUCUGCUUCUCCGAGAGCGGCUUCCUCACGGGCUGCGAGAGGGGCCACAACAUUUUCAUGUCGCUGUUUGUUCCCCCAGGUUCUCCCUCCGCGUGCUGGUGGGGGACGUGGCGCAGCAGAGCAACCUCGUGUGCGGCUGCCUCGCCGCCUCCGACCGGCUCGCCCUGGCCACGCUAG